AUGGAUCCUCCCACAGACCAGGAGGACAAACGGUCCAGCACCUACAGCGAACGACCCCAGCCCGGCGACGAAGAAGCCGCCAUCUCCCACCAACCCACCAAAGAAGAAGCUACCAAGGAGCGUGCCUCCCUCUACCACCUUGACCGCGGCAUCGUAGGCUGGGACGGUCAGGAUGACCCCGCCAAUCCGCAGAAUUUCUCCGACGCCAAGAAAUGGAGCCUCCUAGGGCUCAUCAGCGCCUUCACGUUCGUCUCGCCCUUGGCGUCGAGUAUGUUCUCGCCUGCGGCUGAAUACGUUGCCAUGGAUCUGGGAGUGAAAGAUCAGAUGUUGUUGUCGUUUAGUAUCAGUAUCUAUCUGCUGGGUUAUGCGUUCGGGCCCCUUCUCCUCGCCCCCCUGAGUGAAAUCUACGGCCGCCGCGUUGUCCUCUCAGCCUCCAACUGGUUCUUCGCCGUCUGGCAGAUCGGCUGCGCCCUAGCGCCCAACAUGGCCAGCCUGAUCGUCUUCCGCCUUCUCGCCGGCAUCGGCGGAUCCGCCUGCAUCACGCUCGGCGCCGGUGUCAUAGCCGAUAUGUUUCCCGUCGAGAAGCGCGGCGCCGCCACCUCCAUCUGGGGCGUGGGGCCCCUGCUCGGGCCCGUCGUGGGCCCCAUCGCCGGCGGCUUCCUCGGCGAGGCCGUCGGCUGGCGGUGGAUCUUCUGGGUGAUUCUCAUCGCCGGCGGCGUGACGCAGGCGGCCAUCGAGGUUCUCAACCGCGAGACGUACGCGUCGGUGCUCAUCCGGUGGAAGACGCAGCGACUGAGCCGCGAGCUGGGGCGGACAGACCUCCGCAGCGCGUACGAGCUCGAUCGCGAUGAGUCCGCCCCGCCGGGCCGGGUCCUCUGGCAGGGUCUAAAGCGCCCGAUGUUGCUGCUGUUCAAGUCGCCGAUCGUGCUCCUGCUAUCGACGUACAUGGCGCUCGUCUACGGGCUGCUGUACCUCUUCUUCACGACCAUUCCCUCCGUCUUCCGUCUCCGGUACGGCUUCUCAGCGGGCCUGGCGGGCCUGGCAUACCUGGGGAUUGGAAUCGGGUUCAUGGUCGGCCUCGGCACAGUGGCGAUCACUAGCGACCGCCUGGUCGUGAAGCAGACGGCGCGCAACGGCGGCAAGUUCAACCCCGAGAUGCGUCUCCCCGCGAUGAUCAUCUUCGCCUGCAUCCUCCCCAUCAGCUUCUUCUGGUACGGCUGGACGGUCGAGAAACAUGUCCACUGGGCUGCUCCCAUCGUCGGCAUGUUCCCCUUCGGCGUCGGCAUGAUGGGCGUGUAUCUGCCUAUCCAGACUUACAUCAUCGACUCUUACCCCGGGUAUGCGGCGUCGGCUAACGCAGCGCUAACAACGACGCGAUCGCUCGUCGGCGCGCUGCUGCCGCUCGCGGGUCCGAGGAUGUUCGGCGAUCUUGGUAUCGGCUGGGGGAACUCGCUUUUGGGGUUCUUGGCGGUGGCGUUCAUUCCGAUUCCGAUUAUCUUUAUCCGGUAUGGAAAGGUUAUCCGCGAGAAGUUUCCGGUUGAUUUGAGUGGGUAGGCUGCUUGUUGCCUAGGAUAGAAAUAAUAUGGUGGAAGCAUAUAGACUUGUACAUAAUGUAAUAUCGCAUGC